AUGCCGGCCUCAGUGACGCCGCCUUCCGACAAGGACGUCCACCGCAAACGCAGAGCACACACCAAGUCUCGCAGAGGAUGCGGCAACUGCAAGCUGCGUCGCAUCAAGUGUGAUGAAGCCAAGCCCCGUUGCAAGAAAUGCUUGGAAUACGGGGUGGCUUGCAACUAUGGCCCUGCCGGAGGCGUGAGCACGGGUGAGCUCGUCCUUUCCUUUGGAGGUGUCUCGCACAUCGAGCCACCCCGGAAGGCUGCAGUGUCCACGAACCAGACCAUGAUGGACAUGAUCAAUUACUCCCUGAGGCAGUCACCCACAAGUGCCCAGGGUGUCGCGUUGGUGUACCAGCUCGACAUGGACGACAUGCAGCUUCUUGAUAAGUUCCAUUCGAGAACUGUUCUAAGCAUAGGAACGGAUAAGACCAGGUCGCUGUAUCAGGCAGAGUCCUUUCGACUGGCUUGCAUGCAUCCGUUUCUCAUGCAUCUGGUUCUUGGUUUCACCAUUAUGCAUGACCGAAGCCUUUCACCCAAGACCAAACGUCAAACUCAUAGUGAACUAUACCAUUGGUACUACGGAACGGCUAUAUUCAACAGCAAAAUCCCCGCCCCUCUCACGCGGUCCGAAAAGGAUGCCAUGUGGAUAUCCUCGACCAUCCUAGGCGCCGGGAGCAUAGGUUCCAUCGAUGCAACAGACGCUGAGGAGUGCUGGCCGCUCAAAGACCGUCCCUCGACUGAGCCGGACUGGCUGACCAUGAGCGAGGGCAAGAACGAGAUCUACCAGCUUGCCGACCUCGCGUCUUCUGAGAGUGGCCUCAAGCAGUUGGUGGACGUCUGUGUCGAUGAUUUCUUCUCCUCCACGUCCAAGGGCGCCUUUCUGAGAUAUCUACCGCAGGAGCUCGUCGAGGUUCUUGGUCUGACGGACCCCUCAUCGUAUGCGACGAGCCCCUACUAUGUUUCGGCGGACAUUCUCUCGCGUCUGAUGCCCUUCGAGUACACCGAGAGCACACUGCUCAAGUUCAUCACGUUCCUGUCACACAUGACGCCCGAGUUCAAGAAUCUAUUCAAUGCCCGCGAUCCCGGGGCGCUCCUGCUCAUGGCGUACUGGUUUGCCAAGGCCUGCUCGUACCAGCUGUGGUGGAGCUGGCGCAGGACGGUGCUUGAGUGUCAGGCCAUCUGCCUCUACUUGGAGAGGAACCAUGGGGAUCUGCCGCAUCUGGAGAAGAUCCUCAGGUUUCCAAAGUCGCGGAUCGGUCUUGCGACAUGCUGA